AUGUCAAUACACGAUUCUCAUCAGCUUAGUUCCUACAAUAGUGAUACUUUAAGUUGGCUUAAUGAAGAUGAAUUAGAUGAAUCAAAUGAGUUAAAUGAUUUAAAUACAUCAAAUAUAUUAGAAAAUGUACAUGACCUAGAUGCUGAAUCAGGUUCGAGUUCUCCUGAUCAACCUCUGUCACAUAAUAGUGGCGUUACUGUUACUGUUGCUAAUAGUUUAGGUAAAAGAGUUCGAAAAAAAAGAACUUUUACCCAUUCCAAAAGACCGAAUCCGAGAGAAAGUUGGGUGUGGACUUAUUUUAGAAAAAAUAAAGUUGAAAAAAAAAUAUAUUGCAAAGUUAUAGUCGAAGAUAAAGAUGGUUUAGAAAAAGAAUAUAGUAAUGACUACGAAUUAUCAACUGGAACAGGCAAUUUAAAAUCUCACCUUCGUCAAAUUCACAGAAUUUUGCUGCCUGAAGAAAAUAAUAAUCAGAAUCA